UACCACUACUGCCACUGCCACUCUACCUCACUCCCUCCCUCCCCCUCCCCACCAGCCCUGUCCGCUCCGCUAACUAUCUAUCUGCCCACUUCACCUCUGACACCCACUCUCUACCCUCUCCCGCCGAACUUCACAUUCUAUAAGAACGCAGCCACCCCGUCAGCCGGUCUCAUAGGACGCUGCUUAAACCCACCAACCGUAUCACCACACUCACCACUCUCCACAAACUCUCACCCACUCCCAACAUCACAUCUCCAACUCUCACAAGCAUCACACACAAACAACACACAACACACACACGCCAAACAUGGCUUCCAACCCCUUGCGGAUACGCAACAAGUCCGGCCGUGACAUCGACAUCCUCUGCCACGCCGCCUCCUCCGAGCCCGUCUCCCCCCGCACCCUCCCCAGCCCGCACACAAUCAGCAUCCCCGAGCGCCGCCGCGUCGGCGCCCCCCUCCCGCCCUGGCAACCGCAGGACCUGAGCCUCUCCCUCCCCCUGCGCCAGCGCUCCCCCCACGCCUCCCCCGCGCACCACCACUCGCCCAUCCAGCUCCCCCCCCUCGGCCCCGACCAACGCGCUCCUCCCAUCCCCGAGCUACGCCGCCGCAGAACCUACUGGGACCUGGCCACGAACGCGCGCGAGGACGACCACGCGCAGGACCCGUUCUCGGCGCCCGAGAUGCGCGCGCCGCUGUCGGCGAACCCGAUGAGUGCGUCGGCGAGGGAGUAUUAUCAUCAUAUGGGUGAGGAUAGGAGACAUUCUUACCAUGAUGGCGUGAGACCAAGGCACGGGCGCCAGGCUUCCCCGCCUACGCCGCAGUUGUUCCGCUGCGGCUCGAGAGAUAGCAUCGCUACCGUCGACCCUGUCUCGCCUUCCACCCCGCGCGACGCCCUCCCAGAGUACGGAUACCCAGUCUCGCGCAACGCAUCGUUCAGCUCCAUGGGCCCAGGAUCAAUGUAUCCCGACCCCACGCAAUUCGAGCCCGGAUCCCGCCACUUCGACGGCUACGCCAAGCCGUCCCAGGUCCCUCUCCCGCGCUUCCCUGGCACCCUCCCCGCCCCCCACGGCGUCCCAAUGCACUCUCACCACUACCACGAGCAGCACUACCACGACCCCGCCAUGGCGGCCUACGCCGCGUCGCAGGGACACAUGGUCCCGCAGAUCCCCGCCUUCGCGCCGCCUCCAGCAACCACGGUGACUGCCUCGGGAACCAAGAGGUAUCACUGCCGCUACGCCGACGCCGUGGGCUGCGAAAAGACAUUCACGACCUCCGGCCACGCCUCGCGCCACUCCAAGAUCCACACCUGCGAGAAGGGCAUCCAGUGCGCCUUCCCCGGCUGCCCUAAGAAGUUCACCCGCGCCGAUAACAUGAAACAGCACCUCGAGACGCACUACAAGGACUCGCGCCGUCCUCGUCCAUCUACCUCUUCUUCUUCAUCUGGCGGACCAGGCGGUCGUCGUGGACUCCGCAAGGGCGCGAGCUCGGCGGCAGUGGCGAUGAGGAGGGAGGGGAGGGGGUUGAGUCGCGAUAUGGUACGUUUGCAGGCGAGGCAGAUGCAGGAGGUUGGGAGGUGGCAGGGGAGAGGGGAGAGGGCGGAUAAUCAGGGGCUUGAUGCGCUGGCGGCGGCGGUGGAGCAUGAGGAGAGGGGGGGGAGCGCCGAGAGCGAGGAGGGGACGCCGGGGCCGGGGAGGUUGUAGGGUCUGUGUGACCUUAUUGCUGUUCCCUGUGCCUUGCGCUUUUGGCUUUUCUGGUCCCUUUGUUCUCGACUUUUCGUCCCUUGCCCGCUUCACGCUCUUCCGAUUUUUCCGUCGACUGAUUCGCUUGAUGCGUUUUUGUGGACGCUCUGGAUACCUGUCCGCGUGGUUGUUUUUUUAAUCACCUCUUUCUUGAUCAACUUCUUUUUUACGCUUCGAAUGACUGGAUUAUCAUCAACUUACACUUUUUUAUUACUUACGUUUUUUUGGGCGUCUCCUCGGUGGUCUGUCGAUCGGUCGGUCGGUCGUUGAUUUAUACUCCCGACCGAACCGACGGACGGGUGUGUUCGUGCGACAUGGGCUUGUGCGACGUGAGUUGCCACACCCACACCCACGCCCCGCACUUUCUGUCGGACAAAGACAACCGAACCGACGAUGGAUGGACGCCACAGCGGCAGUUGGCGGGCGGCGCGUUCUUUUGACGACGCAAGGCAGCCAACCAGCGAUGCGAUUUUUUUGAGAAAAAGAAAAGAAAAAGAAAGGCACACAGCACACAAAAAAAUGGAUUUGGGAUUGGAUUGAAAUGGCGCUUUGCUUUGGAUUGGAUUGGAUUGGAUUUUUGACUCUUUUUGGAUUUGGUGUUCUUGGUGGCUUUUUUGGGUUUUUUUUGGUGUUUUGGAUGGGAUGGAUGGUCUUUUGCUUUUUGGUGGUCUCCUUUUCUGUCUUUUUUAUGGGAUUGGUGUUUUGGAUGGUAUGGGAUAUCUGGUGUAACAACAAAACCAAAACGAACAAACGAACAAACGGUGCAUUUUGGCGCUGGGGGCUGGGCUGGGCUGGGCUAGGGCGGCUUUUUGUUUUUGUUUGGGCGUUUUUACACGGGAUGGGAUGGCGGCUCUUAUGCCAACUCUACUUUUUGUUUUUGGGAGGAAAUGAAAAGGGUGUUUUAUUGGCGAAAAAAGCAGCGUUGUCUCUUUUAUGGGAGGAUGGUGUGGACUGGGGUGGCUUUAAGGUCUUUUUAAUGCUUUCAAAAAAUUAUCUUUUUUUGUGUGCGGCUUUUUCUUCUUGUACUUGGUAUUCUUCUUUUUUUUUUGGGUGGGGAUGGAUGGAUGGGAUGGCUUUUUGUUGUAACUGGGCGGUGGUGUAUGGGAAUGGGAAUGGGAUGGAUUCUAGGGCACUGUUUGAAAACGGGCCUUGGUUACGGUGGUGUUUUUUGUGGAUUGCUCUUAGGCAUUAUUACUAUUAUAGCUUUUUUUUAAUCUCUAAUUCCUUCCUUCAUCUUUUAAUCUUGUCUCGUCUUUGUUCUUUCCCAAAACAAAAGAGUUUGAGCUCACGCUCCGUCGGGGGUGGUUUUCUUUUGGUCUGUUUUUAUUUUAUCUUUAUAUCACUUUUUUGCCUUCUCUUCCUCCGGUUUGAAGGGGAAAGGGGAAUGGGGACUUGUAUUUUGUUUGUUUUACACGCACAGCGAUGAGCGCGCAACCAGCGAUUGAUGGAUCGGCAGGGCAAGGGACUUUGAAACAGCGUGUAUGUUUGUAUGCAUGCAUGCUUGUUCGUUUGUUCGUAGGCUUGCUUGUACGCAGGCUUGCUCGCUUGUUUGUAUGUUUGCACGAAUGCAUGCAUGCAUGUUUGUAUGCAUGCUGAACUGGCAAUACUAUUGGUGGGGGGAGGGAAAAGUUGGGAAUGAU